UGUGACGCUGCAGCUAAACCAGCAAAAAAGACUUGCACCAAUCACGGAAUUGCUGCCUCUUUUGCCGCUUUGGAUUUCUUCUUCGCAACCAGCAAAAUAAAUGAAUAAAAACCAAGUUCAUGGAAUAUCUGUAUUCGCCAUUUAUUGAUUCGUGGAUUGCUUCUUUGUCUUUGGUGUUGACUAUUCAUCAACUGACAAAAAUUACGAAAAGUCUCAACAUACACUACAUGUUCAUCAUUUUAAGACAGAAGCAUCUCCAAAGUUUCUCAAUUUUCGGCUCCUUAUUCCCCUCUUGUUUUUUCUUUAUUAUUAUUUUCUUUUUCCUUCGUUGGGUUGGUUGAGGAUCCAUCUAAAGUGGAGGCAAGAAAGAACUAUCAUCAAGGCAAUCUUGGAUCUCUCAAAUCUCUUCUUAUUGGUCACGGAAAAAGAAGUCAUCCAUCUCCGAGAUUUGUUGAGAGAGAGAAAAGGGAGUACGAUAGAAGUGAAUCAAUCUUGGAAAUGAAAGAACGGAAGGCAUGACUCGAACCCUCAUAUCAAGAAAAGAGGUGAAAAUUAUUUUAUCCAGACAGAAUUUCUCAUACUGCAAAUUUUUGGACAUUCAUUAGUUGCCAAAUAUUUGCCCCUUUUCUUCUUGUUUGUUCAAAUGUUAUUAUAUAUAGCCUUUUGCGUUAGGACACUACUAUUCCAACAAAUAGCUGGAUAGUGAGUUGAUCAUAUUUGCUAAGAAUUAAAGAUACAAGCUGUGAAGAAAGUGAGUAGAAAAGAGAGAUUUUUUGUUUUUUGUUGACAAUAUGAGCAUCAAGAAACCAGCUGUGAAGCUCGAUGAUGAGCAAAUCGCCGAGCUACGUGAGAUAUUUCGUUGUUUUGAUAGAAACAAUGAUGGAAGCUUAACGCAGCUCGAGUUAGGCUCGCUCUUGCGGUCCUUAGGACUAAAAACUCGUCCUGAUCAGCUUGAAACCUUAAAUCAGAAGGCAGAUACAAACAGCAACGGUUUAAUUGAAUUCUCAGAGUUUGUGGCUCUGGUAGCACCAGAGCUGCUUCCGGAGAAGUCACCAUAUAGUGAGGAGCAGCUAAAGCAUCUGUUCAAGAUGUUUGAUAGAGAUGGUAAUGGGUUUAUUACAGCAGCCGAAUUGGCGCAUUCGAUGGCAAAACUAGGGCAUGCACUUACCGCAGAGGAGUUGACAGGGAUGAUCAAGGAGGCAGACACGGAUGGGGAUGGAAGAAUAAGUUUCGAGGAGUUUUCGCAGGCAAUCACAUCAGCUGCUUUUGAUAAUUCUUGGGUUUGAAGCAACUGGUGUUGUCUCUGGUAUGUUCUGUUCUGUUUGAUUGGUUCAUAUCACUCUCAAAAGCCACUAGCUUUUCUGGGAAAUGAUCUUCUGUUUUGUAUGAAACUGCGUGGAAUGCUGAAUUGUUGUCUACACUUUGAAUAUGGGAUUCUGCU